UAUCGCCAGCAUGUAGACAUAAUCUUUUUAUCUCGUUUAUUUCGGGUAAACGAGAAAUGCAUGCAACUUUGUCCAGGCUGACCUCAAAUAUUUACCAGGAAGAACCCGGUAGCUUCUCCUCCAACGGGAGCAUGAUCGUCGUGAGCAACAGGUUGCCGUUCGUGCUGAAGAGGAAUGAGGUGACCGGUCAGCUGGAACGCAAGGCCAGUGCUGGAGGUCUUGUAACAGCGGUAGCACCGGUGGUUAUAAGCGGAAAUGGAGUGUGGGUUGGAUGGCCAGGUAUGCACAUGGAGAACCCGAAUGAACCGAUCCCGGAGUCCGACCCUAACGAUCGUACACCGACUGCUGGUCUUCUAUCCAGCAAGGUUAUGGCAGUACACUUCGACCCGGUCAUCUUCGAUGCGUACUACAAUGGAUGUUGCAAUGGAACCUUUUGGCCAUUGUUCCACUCUAUGCCUGAUCGAGCGACCUUUAUCGCGGAACAUUGGCGAGCGUACUCCGCGGUCAACGAGGAAUUCGCUGUUAAAACGGUCAGUGCACUGGAACAAAUUUACAAGGAGCAGAAGAAUCAACCGAAUGGCACGCCUUUGGUCUGGGUGCACGACUAUCACCUAAUGUUAGCAGCGAAUUGGAUUCGGCAACGAGCCGACGAGAAACGUCUCAGAUGUAAAUUAGGCUUCUUCCUCCACAUCCCUUUCCCACCAUGGGACAUCUUCAGAUUGUUCCCAUGGGCUGAUGAAAUCCUUCAAGGAAUGCUUGGUUGCGACAUGGUUGGUUUUCACAUUCAAGACUAUUGUCUGAACUUCGUCGACUGCUGCCAGAGAAGUCUUGGGUGCAGGGUUGAUCGUAAGAAUCUGUUAGUGGAGCACGGUGGAAGAACUGUUCGUGUGAGACCACUUCCCAUUGGCAUUCCAUUCGAUAGAUUCGUCUCGUUAGCCGAGAGUGCUAACAAGGUCAUGUUGACCAAUCAGAAAAUUGUAUUGGGCGUUGAUCGUCUUGAUUAUACCAAGGGUCUGGUCAACAGAUUGAAGGCUUUUGAGCUGUUGCUAGAAAAACAUCCAGAACAUCGUGAACAGGUUACUAUGCUUCAAAUUGCUGUACCAUCGCGAACUGACGUACGUGAAUAUCAGGAUUUGAAACUUGAGAUGGAUCAACUUAUCGGUCGCAUAAACGGUCGAUUUACGACACCGAAUUGGUCUCCUAUUCGUUACAUUUAUGGUUGCGUGAGUCAGGACGAAUUGGCAGCAUUUUAUAGGGAUGCUGCGGUUGCUCUGGUUACACCACUUAGAGAUGGUAUGAAUUUGGUCGCCAAGGAAUUCGUCGCUUGUCAAAUUAACACACCACCUGGUGUGUUGAUCGUUUCUCCAUUCGCUGGAGCUGGGGAGAUGAUGCACGAAGCCUUGAUCUGUAAUCCUUAUGAAUUAGACGAAGCUGCUGAAGUUAUCCAUAGAGCGCUUACCAUGCCAGAAGACGAACGCACAUUAAGAAUGAAUCACUUAAGACGCCGUGAAAGGAUCAACGAUGUCAAUUAUUGGAUGAAGUCCUUCCUGCAAGUAAUGGGAUCGCUGGAGGAACAUGAUUCUGUAGGUGCAACCACGAUGCAACCAGUGACCAUGGAUGAUUUCGAUGAUUACUUGAGCAAGUCCCCUAGGUAUAUCGGCGAUAAUCAUAAAUUGGCCCUCUUGCUGGACUACGAUGGUACUUUAGCUCCUAUUGCGACUCAUCCGGAUCUUGCCAUUUUACCUUUGGAAACGAAGAACGUUCUCCAAAGGCUAUCGAACAUGUCCGAUGUAUAUAUAGCAAUUAUAUCAGGCAGAAACGUGAACAAUGUGAAGUCGAUGGUUGGUAUAGAAGGUAUUACGUACGCCGGAAAUCACGGAUUGGAAAUUUUGCAUCCGGACGGUAGCAAGUUUGUUCAUCCGAUGCCUGCUGAGUUGGAAGAUAAGGUGGCAAAUUUGAUGCAAACGUUGCAAGACCAACUUUGCAAGGAUGGAGCUUGGGUAGAAAACAAAGGAGCGUUACUGACGUUCCAUUAUCGUGAAACGCCAAUGGAAGGACGUUCUCAGAUGGUUGAUCAGGCAAAGAAAAUCAUCGAGCAAGCAGGUUUCAAAGCCUGUUCAGCGCACUGUGCCAUUGAAGCUAGACCACCAGUUGAAUGGAAUAAGGGUCGUGCUUCCAUUUACAUCCUGCGUACGGCAUUUGGUUUAGAUUGGAGCGAACGUAUCAGGAUUAUUUAUGCCGGUGAUGAUGUUACAGAUGAAGAUGCAAUGAAGGCGCUAAAAGGUAUGGCAGCUACCUUCCGCGUAGCGUCGUCGCAUAUAAUCCGUACGUCGGCAGAAAGACGUUUGCCGAGUACGGAUUCCGUGUUGACCAUGUUGAAGUGGGUAGAGAGACACUUGAGCAGACGCAAGCCUCGCAACAGCACCGAGAUUCCUUCUAGAUACCGACGUAGCAGCGCUGGAAUUACCAUGGAAAUGUCGUAUAUGCCGACGAAUACAGUGUUAGAAUCCUAGGUGACGCCCUAAUAAUCUUCGUUAUCACAUCGACUGUAUCCUCGACAAGAAAUACAUACUUUGUAUGUCACAGGCUUAAUAUGAUGUACUCGUAGAGUAAGAUCAAAUAAAAGCGAGAGGGAAGAAUAAGAGCGAAGGAAAAAAGGGAAUCUCUAGGUGGAUAAAAUAAAAUAAAAUAAAAAAUUAAAAUAAAAAAAAAAAUCAUCGCGUAAGUUGUAUCGGCUGCGAGAAUAUGGUGGAAAGCAUCAUUGUCAUGUAUCGAACAAGUCAAGCGUCACAUGAAUAAUUUUUCCCUUGGAUAAAUUGUAUUCGAGAUCUUCUAUUUAACAUAUUCGAUUGUAUCGAGUUAACUUAAUAGAACUUAUCGUACUUACGCAUGUAUACAAGCCAAAAAAUGGAAGAAUUGAUCUUUUUCGAUGUGGAACCAACAAAUCAUUCUAUAUUGACUGUUUUCGAUGUUUAAUCGAUGUAUCUCUCCGGUGACCAGUUAAAUGGCUUUACCCCGAUAAAACAUAACAAAUCGCAUUAUUAAAAAAGAAUUUAAAAAAGAUGAAUGUUACGUGUGCAGUCGCUAAAUCUUCGUUUCAAGAGUGAAGAUGGCUUCUUCUUUUUUUAUUUAAUGUUCACCAUAACAAUUAUUACGCUGUGCGAUAUAAUCAGCCUGAAUGUAGAUUCGAUAAAGCGUGUUUUACCAAAAGUCGUAUAAUAGGUACUUAGCUAUGCAUAGUUUCUAAGUUCGCGUCGCUCAAAAAGUAUCACAGGAAAUAUUCGAUAUAUAUUUUAAUAUUAUCGUAAUAACUUAACGAAAACUGAUUUUAUUAAAUAUUUGUAUAUUUGCUACCAAUUUCCGAGACACGAAACAGGAUGAUUGUAACGGAGAAAUGGUUCCACGUAUGUCAGCAUAUUAGGAGAUAAGAGAGGAUACAAAAAAUUGUAUUCGAAUAUGUAGCCUGCUCAAAAUAUCAUAAUUGACUAAUAUAACAGGUUUCAGUUUUCCAUUUGUAGAUUUUAAAUCGAUUUGUUGGAUGUUGCUGUUUUUUAAAUCAGGUCGAUGUGGCCGAUUUCGCUGUAUGUAUAUUGGGCAUGUAUUUUGUAUACCAUUGAAAUUAUGCGAAACGCAUUCAUUUUGUUAAGAUUAUAAAGAAUUCUCUUUGAAAUAGAAUCAUGAAACAUCUGUCCUUUUUUUUAUAAAAGCUAUCUUUCUUUUCUUCUCUGAUGCAAAUAUGUACUUUUUUAAAAUGAGAAUAUCAAUAACGUUUACAAGCUGUUAAAUUAAAUGCAAUCGAUAUAGGUAAGACGACUCGAGAACGAAUGAAUACAGGCGAGAAUACGCUUUUAGUAUGCAUAUCGCUUGUAAAAAAGGAAUUCUUAAGUUUAACGGUUAAUCGACUAAUAAUAUGAUUUUAUCUUUCCUUCUUUUCUUUUAUAAAUCAAACGAUGAAACAGUGCCAAUUUAAGUCCACAUACAAGAGAAAGGUUAAUACACAAUAAACAAUAAUAAACUACAUAAAGUACGACAACUUAGCGAUAAGGGGUUUACGAAAUGUACAUACUUUGUACGUACGCAUACAUGUUAGACGCAUAUUAACAUACAACACAGCAUGUAUAUACACAUUAUGUACCAACACAUACAAACGUAUACUGUUAAACAAAUUAUUGGGAGAAACGAUACACUUAAAGAUAAACGAAUCAAAGUAAACAUGGACAACUUUUACACGUUUUUAAGUAGAAUAAUAGAAAAAUUCAGAAUUUUUAAUUCCACGCGUUUAUCUGUUUUCUACGUGAAACUAAGGAAAGAAAAUUGAACUCGACUGAACGGAAUAAGAACGGCAUGAAAAAGGGAUAAAAGAAAAUCGAAAAAUCGUUCUUUAAUAUUAGUGGAAUGUUUUCAAAACUGAUCGAUCCUUUCUAGAUGUUCAUUAAAGGUGUUACAAUAAUGAGAAAGAAAACAUUUAGCACUUAAUUAAUUCAAUGCGUUUUGCAUGAGACAUCGAUGGGUUCUGAAAGAAUUUUUUUAUAAAGAGUAUCAUAAAAAUUACUAUGCAUAUAAAGUAAUUAUUAUACAGUGGGGACUGACCAAACGAAAGUUUAUGCAAAACUUUGUUUUCGAUAAUAGGCCUUGUUUAAAUCGAAGCCAGACACAAGAGGAGAAAAGUGCUGAAAGAAUAUGAAAUGGAAUUUUUGAAACAGAGAUUCAAUAGUGAAUUUUUCUACAAAAUAUUAGCUCGUCUCCUUUUAUCAGGAACUGAUGUAUAUAACAAAGAUCUACCUUACUUUUUUCAUCCAUGGAUGAAUAACAGAUUCAUUACCACAGAUUUAUAAGUAGCUAGACUUUGUUGAAUGUAUUACGUUUUCCAUCUACGAACUCCAUCUAUACAAAAGAGUGAACGUGAGUUUUUGCACGCGUCAUAAUUAUAUUUCAUUCGAAGGGGAACAAAUCGCUGCUUCACACUAACGAUGACACAACUCAAGAAGUUUCAGAUUUUCUUUUAUCGAAUAAAAGAAAAUCUGCGUUACGUUUCUAGCUUUAUCAUAAAAAAUGGUAGAUUUGUAAUUCUAUAAUUCAGUUUUGUGUCAGAGGACAAAAUCGUUAUUUAUGUAUGUUGCUAUCAACCUAACCCUUAGUUUUACAACACUGGCCUAUUUUCAGUUGUUUCAUGACGCUACAAGUGGAAGGUUGUACCGCUUUCGUGAAUACUGACGUAUCUUGCGUUAAGUCAGCUUUACAAUGUCAUUGAAAUGAUUUGAAAAUAUGCUUUAAAAUGUAUAAUUUUAGAAUUGUGUCGCUAUCGAUGCCAAGCAGCGAAAUGAUCAUGGUAUUAGGACGUUUUCAAGAGAUUGUAGAUGUAGUUCUAAAUUUCUGUACCUUACGUGUUUACAUUCAUAUAUCGUCAUUGGAUUUCCUUCGAAUUUCAUGGUCGAAACGAUAGGUAGUCUGGGUGGAAGAGAUAUGGUGAGAUCGUAAAAUUCAUCAUGCCUGAAAGUAUACGAAUUUUUAACAUCAAUGUAGAAAAUCUGAGAAGAUCUAAGGGAUUUAAGAAUAGAUAAGUUGCAAGUUGUAACUAGUUCUUUCUGUGUAAGUAGUUGUCGCUUAAUUUUUAUCAAUACAAUAAUUAUUAUAAAAUAGAAACCGACAAGAGUUAAUAAACGAAUCAUGCAGGUCUAAUGAACGAUUGUAAGCAGAGCUUUUAAAUACAAAUAUAUAAAUAAUGUUUGCAAUCUGGAAUUUAAGAUGGCUCCAUCUUAGAAUGAGCGUCCAGAAAAUAUGGCUAUGGCGCGUCCCUAUUUAAGCAUUACUUUAUGACUUCACAAUAUCCCUUCCACCAACAGUAUAUUUAAAUCUCACGUGUGUUCAACUUCACACGCAUAUAUUGUACUGUUAAUAUAUUCCCUUUAUCGCAUAGAGUUCAGAAAAUGCUAUAUAAACGUACACGAAGAUUCGCUUCAAAAAAAAA